CCAAUGAAGAAUCCAGAGAGCCUCGCGUGACGUCAGAGAAGGAAGCCAACCAACCAGCCAACCAGCGGGGCUGUCACCCCGACACUUUCCCUUUCGUUCGAAGGGAGGCAAAGUUUUCCCAGCGUUCUAGAACGCUGGGAGACCCCCCGCCGCCCCGCCGCCGCUUUGAAGUUCCCUGGGCGCGCGUGGGAAAGUGCCUUCCUUUUUUUCUCUCUCUCCCCCAGCUGAAGCGCGCAUCCCACGGGGGGUGGGCUCGCCUGCCCAUGGAGCUGGUGGAGGAGAUCCAGCCGGACAGCCUGGAAGGUUGGGUGGCCAUCAAAGAAAACAUCUUCGGCCAGCCCGAGCCGCCCCACAAGCUGCGCUUCUUGGUGGCUUGGAACGGCGUGGAGAGCAAAUUCGCGGUGACUUGUCACAACCGGACUUUACAAGAACGAGCCGGCGGGGAGAAGGAGGGAGGGAAGGAGGAGGAAGAUGAGGAGGAUGAUGAGGAUGAAGAAGAAGAGGAAGAGGCCGGCGAUGAGCAGCGGCUGAGCUGGGCCGGCUUGUACUCCCCGCAGGCCUUGGUGGGGGUCCACCGGCAGCUGGCGGCUUUGAACCAGCAGCUGGAGCCCUGCUUCCCCGCCUUGCCCCCCGCGCUGAGCGGACCCAGCGGUUUCUGGGCGCUGCUCUUCCCCAGCUGCCCGGUUUUGGGGGAGACGGAGCUGGAGACCCUGUGCCGGCGCUUGGAAGCCUACUUCGGCUGGGCCUUGGAAGCCUGCGGACGGAAGACGCUCCUGGAUUCGCUCUUCGCCCACGAUCAGCAGGAGGAAGAGGAGUAUUUCGAAAACCUGCAGGAGUUCCGCAGGAAAAGUCUCAAGGGGCAGCUGACGGCGGGCAAGGAGACCUUGAGAGGGGUUCUUCACAAGCACAAAGAUGCUGAUAAGCUGGUAGAUUUAAUGGAGCUGUACAAGGAGGAAGAUGAAGCUUAUUGGGAGCUGGUGACCGUGGCAACUGAAUUCUAUCAAUAUUUAUUGUUACCGUUCCGAGACAUGAGAGAACUGGCCACGUUAUAUAGACUUGAGAUUCUGAAAUCCUUGCAAGCCGACCGGCUGGGUCCCAGGAGGAUAGAAGCUUUGCAGAAAGAGGCCAAGGAGUGGACAGAUCAGGCGGAGGAAGCCGUGUGCUCCAUUCAAAACAUCACAGUUGGCUACUUCAAGGAAACUGUGACUGCGCUCGCAGCAAUGCACAAACAGAUGGAGCAAGAUCAAAGGCGAUUUGGCCAAGCUGCCUGGGCCUCCGCUUCUCCAAGAUUAGAAAACUUAAAAUAUCUGCUAGCAAAAGAAACCCUUCAGCAUAUGAGAGCCAGAGAAUUGUGCCUGAAGCACAAAAGAGUCGACAUCAGAAAGCAGAUGGAGACACUCAGCGAGCAGAAGACUGACAUGGCUCAAGUGGAAAAACUGGAGCUAGAAUAUUACGAAACCCAGCUGGAGCUGUACGAGGUACAGUUUGAAAUCCUGAAGAAUGAAGAAAUGUUGCUGGUGACACAGCUGGAGACGUUGAAGAGGCAAAUCAAGGAGAUCCAGAAUGAAGUCAUUUAUUACGACACCUGUGAAAACUCUGAGGAAUUAGAAGCCAUGGAUCGGGCCCUGGAAACAAGCUGUGCCUCUUCUUCUGAAGUGGCACAGCUCAGGCAGAAGACUCAGCAGCUGGAGACAAAGCGGGGGAUUAUCUGCUCCAGAAGAGCUUAUCUCAGGAACAAGAAGGAUCAAUGUGAAGAGAGCCGGCGUUUGAGGAUCCAGGAGGCACAGGAAACCACACGCUACUUCCAACAGCAUCACAACAUCCAGAUUAAAAGAGAGAAGAGAAAAGAAGAUGAGAAGAAGAAAAAAGCCUGGAUCAAGGAAGAGCGGCAGAAAACUCUGGAGAGGCUUAAAUCGUUCAAGGAGAAAUGCCCUGCGCAGUUUGUGCUGAAGACUUCCCGCUCUCGGCCCGUCAGCUCCAAGCAGGCUGGACCAAGACGACCUGCAACGGUUCCCCCACAGGCUGGUUCAAUCAGAAAAGGUCCAGCUGCCAAACAAUCCAGAAAUCUCCAUCCGACACAAGUCAGGACUUCCAAAGCACCGACUCAGAAGCCUCCUAGAGAUGUUCCCGUCCAGAUUUUUGUACCACCGCAUGGGCCGGAGCCUCCCAAGGAAGGCGUGGGGGCACCACUAUCUGUGCCCCCACCUCCACCUCCUCUUCCACCCCCACCCCCCCCCCCCCCCCCCCCCCCAAGUGUCCAGACUGUUUGCCUAAAAAGCACAGGAGCCCAAGAUAAGGCACGGCCUCUUGUAUGUGACGGCUCGGCUAAAGGAACUACUUCCUUGGAGAAAGCAGAAGCUGCGUCCAGGUGUCCCACCAAGAAUUACACAGGGUCCAUGGAUGAGGUCUUGGCUUCCCUCAAGCGUGGCGAAGUCCUCCUUCGCAAAGUGGACCUGACCCAACAGGCAACCUCCGGUGGCAACUCUCUCAACGACAGCAUUCUUGCCGCCAUUAGGCAGGGGGUUAAACUGCGAAAGGUCAGUCAAGAGCCCAAGGAAGGCAUUGCGAAGGGUUUGGGCAGUGAACUGGAGCAAAGCAUCAAGGCAGCCAUCCAGAGGAUUAAGAAGGUCUCCGCUGACUCCGACGAUGAUGAAAAUGGAGACUGCAGCAAUGAAGAAUGGAACAGUUAACAGAGCAGUUGACAGGUUAAGAGCUCCUCAGAAGCUCAUGAGGAUUCUUCGGUGAGAAGACAGCUAACUGUAAAGGAGUUGCCAAACAGGAAGCGUGGUCUGGAGCCCAACAGGUUGGCUAACGUCCUGCAUGAAUCGGGCAUCCCAGAAUUCUUAGCAACACUCUGGGCGUUUGGGGGCAGCUGGAGAAGUGUGGGAAAUGCUCCUUGAUCGACGUCAGAAGUUUCCAAGCUGUCAAGAAAAACUUAGGACAAGUCUUUUACUCGACACCGAGUUUUAUGCUUUGAAGUUUGCACAUGUUUCUUUCCUUCUCUCUCUCUCUCUUUUUUUUUGCAAGGGAAUCGGCACUCCUUAGGGCAGGGGUCCGCAACCUGAGUGGGCUGAGGCCCACGAGUGGGCCAUGAGGAGUUUGCAACUGGGCUGCAGAAACAGCCGGCAAGCAUGUGCGCGCGCACCCGUAUCCUCACUUGCACGAGCAGUGGGCAAGCGCACACGUGUGUGUGUGUGGGCUCCAUUUGCAUGCAAACGUGCACACCACUCGCCAAAUGCAACUGCACACACAUGCUUGCCAGCUGCUUGUAUGAACCAUCCCUUCCGCCCACCCACCCCCGGUCCACAAAGCCGGAAACAUUGGGAAACUCUGCCUUGGGGGAUCAGGGAUAGUGACAAUUUAAUUUAAAAAUCCCUCUUGAUUCCACCCCAAACUUACACUACUACCGUGUUUCCCCAAAAAUAAGACCUUGUCUUAUAUUUUUUUUUGAACCCUGAAAUAAGAGCCUGGUGGCACAGCAGACUAAUAGCCUGUUAUUAUCAUUCAGCUGCCUGCAAUUACUGCUAGUUCGAAUCUCGCCAGGCUCAAGGUUGACUCAGCCUUCCAUCCUUUCUAAGGUAGGUAAAUUGAGGACCCAGUUUGUGGGGGCAAUAAGCUGACUUUGUAUAAAUAUACAAAAGUAUGAAGGCUAUUGCUUAACGCAUUGUGAGCUGCCCUGAGUCUCUGGAAAAGGGCGGCAUAUAAAUCAAAUUAAAAAAAAAAAGUGCUUGGCCUUAUUGCCAUGUGCUCCAAAGCCGGAUUGGGCUUAUUAUCAGGGGAUGUCUUAUUUUGGGGGAAACAGGGUAUAUGGAAACACUAUUCUUUUGAUUAAGCCUGUUCCAAAACCAUUAUUAAAAUUGUCCCAGGAGAAUGGAUUACUCCUCAGAAAUUGCUCCGCAGGUGCUUCGGACAGAGAUAAAUCAUCUCCAUGGGACACAUUUUUUAAAAAAACAACAACAACUCUUUUGAGUAGUCUUAGACCAGUGAAAGGUGAGCACUUUGAAUAACCUGUUCUACGAAACUAUGGUCCUGGUUACACCGAAUAUUUGCUGACUAGAAGGGUUUUAGUUUAAAUGGAAAUGGCUUCUUUCAACACUGCCAAGACAGAGAGACCUGAGUUGGUAGUAAUAUAUGUGGGAGGGAUUGGGGGCCCUUGUCAACCACAAGGAAAAUAUGAGCCAGCAGUGUGAUCAUCAUCAUCAUUUAACGACCCCACAAUCCCUUGCCGGGGGGAGUCUGGACAACUGAAUGGAGCUAGCAGAGUGUUUACUGGCCGGAUGCUCUUCCUGUUGCCAGAGCAGAGUUUUUUUCAGCAGAUACUCUCAGUGUUCCCAGAGAGAGAAAUAUCUGCCUCUACCUAGGACCGUGAUGGCGAACCUAUAGCACGCGUGCUGGAAGUGGCAUGCAGAGCCAUCACUCGUUGCUCUUCCGGGUUCCGGCGUGCCGACCAGUUGGUCUUCACACAUGCAGGAGCGCAGGAAAUCGGAACAGCAGCUGCCCAGUGCACAUGCGUGCGCCAGGCGGCUACUCUUUUGGUUUCCGCCAAUCACAUGCGCACAGGCCAGCUGCUCUUCACGCUUGCAUGUGUGCCAGAAACCGGAAGACCAGGUGGCCGGCGCACAUGUGUGCGCUGGAAACCAGAAAAUCAUCUUUCCAGCAUGCACAUGCGCACCGGGUAGCUGCUCUUCUGGUUUCCGGCACGUGCCCCCGUUUCGGCACUUAGUGCUGAAAAUCUUCGCCAACCCUGACCUAGGAUCUGCAUCCGUAAAAAGAAAAGCACUGAUUUGUCGCAGCACAAAGUUCAGAUCAUGAAAAAUAAUAGAUCAGGAGAGCUAUCGAGAGGAUGAGUUCCAGGACCCUCUUGUGCUGCUGAGAGCAAAGCAUCCUGAGCUGGGUGAUGGACCUCGAUGUUACCACACCAGGAACCCUGCUGGAAGUGUCUCCACGUUAUUAUACGUGGCUGCCUCAAUGAAGGAACAUUGGGGUCCUAGGAAUAAGGGGUCUUAUUUGCAUUAGGCUGAUUGCAUUUGCCAGAUUCCAUUUUCAUUACCUUCACUGCCAUCCCACUGACUAGGAAUAUUGGCUGAGAUAAGAAAGAACAUAUUGUUUGCCAUGGCCAGAGUCUUAAAUGAGCUGUGUCCAGUGAUGAAAUUCAAAUUUUUUUACUACCGGUUCUGUGGGUGUGGCUUGGUGGGCGUGACAAGGGAAAGAUACUGCAAAAUCUCCAUUUCCACCCCACUCCAGGUGAAGGAUACUGCAAAAUCCCCAUUCCCUCCCCACUCCUGGGGGAAGGAUAUUGCAAAAUCUCCAUUCUCACCCCACUCCAGGGGAAGGAUACUGCAAAAUCCCCAUUCCCUCCCCACUCUGGGGUCAGCCAGAGAUGGUAUUUGUCGGUUCUCCGAACUACUCACAAUUUCCUCUACCGGUUCUCCAGAACCUGCUGGAUUUCACCUCCGGCCGUGUCCAAAAUGAACUUCAAUUUCAGUCCAUGUCAGAAUAGACGGCAGACCUCAUCUCUUUUGCCAUGUGCCAAAUUUCUGUAUAUUUCUUGUGGCCCUGCCGGUGUGCCAGUCAUGAAAUCUCUUUUAUUUGUUUAAAUAUAUUCUUGAUUGGUGUCAGGAUGUUCCAAACACGAUUGUGUUGAGACUUUUGUACGGGAUCUGUGGCUUUCCAUCUGUUUGCAAUGCCAGUGUUAACUUGUACCAGAAGGCUUAAAAUGGAUUCUUAAUCCUUUUUUAAAUUAGCAGAAUUUCUAACGCAUCCCAAAAAAAAAGCCAAUGGUUGUAAAACUAACCAUUUUCCAACAGAGUGUUCUAACACAGGUCUGUUUGUAUCCAUCAAGUAUUCUAAUCUAUAAGAGGGACUACUGUAUUGCGAGACCUUGAGAUUUCAACUGUAGCUCUCAUAAUCUCUUUAGCUAAAAACGUGGAGAUAGCAAUAAUGGGGGUGGGGAGGGAAUUCUCUUUGACCACUUUCUAAAACAGACAUGGGUUUUAAAAUUAAUUUUAAAGGAUUUGUCUUGUAAUAAAUAUUUAGCUUUCCAAUUUAACUUGGAUAGAAAAUCCUUUCAGAUCUUUGCAAAUGUAAACUUUCCCCCCCCGUUCAUAAUGUGCAGGAUAAUGUUAUUUGUUUCUAAAUUUACAAAAAAAAAAAAAAUGUACACCAAUAAUCACUUUUAAGAUCCAAUAUGGUUAAAACAUAUUAAUUUGAUGCUCUUUUACAUCGUUGGUGAUAAAGUUUCAUCUUUGAAGACCCUA